GAUUCUUCUAGAAGGCGCCGGCGAGGUGCACACAGCCUCGGUUGGAUAUAGUCCUCUAAAAAUAACAAUAAAAAGAGUUUCUUUUGAGCUGUGUGUGUUUCGCCGUUCACAAUGUCCACUUUGGGAACCCUCGCGUUCGAUGAAUAUGGACGGCCUUUCAUAAUUAUUAAAGACCAGGAUAAGAAAUCUCGUCUGACCGGCCUUGAUGCGCUUAAGUCCCACAUCAUGGCUGCAAAAGCUGUUGCCAACACCCUGAAGACCUCACUGGGUCCCAAUGGACUUGAUAAGAUGAUGGUGGAUAAGGACGGAGAAGUGACGGUCACCAACGAUGGCGCUACCAUUCUCAGCAUGAUGGACUUGGAUCACCAGAUCGCCAAACUCAUGGUUGAGCUCUCAAAGUCUCAGGAUGAUGAGAUUGGAGAUGGCACCACUGGUGUUGUAGUUCUUGCCGGAGCUCUUCUCGAGGAGGCUGAGCAGCUCUUGGACCGAGGGAUCCACCCCAUCCGAAUCGCUGAUGGCUACGACCAAGCCGCGCACAUCGCCAUUGGACACCUGGAUAAGAUCAGUGACAGUUUCCCCAUCGACAUCAACAACACCGAGCCGCUCAUUCAGACAGCCAUGACCACACUCGGUUCUAAAGUGAUUAACCGAUGCCACAGACAGAUGGCAGAGAUUGCAGUGAAUGCCAUUCUUACCGUGGCAGAUAUGGAGAGGAAGGAUGUGGAUUUUGAGCUCAUCAAGGUGGAAGGGAAGGUUGGAGGUAAACUGGAGGACACUCAGCUUAUCAAAGGGGUCGUCGUGGACAAAGAGUUUAGCCAUCCUCAGAUGCCCAAGGUCUUAAAGGACACAAAAAUCGCCAUCCUGACAUGCCCGUUCGAGCCACCCAAGCCUAAAACCAAGCACAAGCUAGAUGUGACCUCAGUGGAAGACUAUAAAGCUCUACAGAAAUAUGAGAAGGAUAAAUUCCAGGAAAUGAUUCAGCAGGUGAAGGAGAACGGCGCUAAUCUUGCCAUUUGCCAGUGGGGCUUUGAUGAUGAGGCAAAUCACCUGCUGCUGCAGAAUGAGCUGCCUGCCGUGCGCUGGGUCGGAGGGCCCGAGAUUGAGCUGAUUGCCAUCGCUACCGGCGGCCGCAUCGUGCCCCGAUUCUCUGAGCUGACUCCAGAGAAAUUGGGCUAUGCUGGCCUGGUACGGGAAGUCUGCUUUGGCACAACUAAAGAUCACAUGCUCGUGAUCGAGGAGUGCAAGAAUUCCAGAGCUGUUACCAUCUUCAUCCGCGGAGGAAACAAAAUGAUUAUCGAGGAGGCUAAGAGAGCGCUCCACGAUGCACUGUGUGUUAUUCGUAACCUGGUUAAAGAUAACCGCAUGGUUUAUGGCGGCGGUGCAUCUGAGAUUUCCUGCGCGCUUGCCGUUAAUGAAGCUGCUGAUAAGUGCCCCUCUCUGGAGCAGUACGCCAUGCGGGCAUUUGCUGAUGCUCUAGAAGUCGUUCCCAUGGCAUUAGCAGAGAACAGCGGGUUGAACCCCAUCCAGACAAUGACCGAGGUCAGAGCUCAGCAAGUCAAAGAAAACAACCCUGCACUGGGAAUCGACUGUCUGCGCCUGUCCACUAACGACAUGAAGCAGCAACAUGUGAUCGAGACCCUCAUUGGAAAGAAACAGCAGAUUUCUCUAGCAACCCAAGUGGUGAAGAUGAUCCUGAAGAUCGACGACAUCAGAAACCCUGGCGAACCAGAAGACUGAUCACGUCUCCGGCACUCUGACAGCGACGUCGUCGUUCAGUGUUAUUUAUCAUUUCGUACAGCACUCGUAUACCAUGUAGAUCAGAAGCAACCAUUAAAAUGUUGUUAAAACUUAAC